CCGAGCCGAGAAAGGCCGGGCCGAGCCGAGAAAGGCCGAGCCGAGCCGAGAAAGGCCGAGCCGAGCGGCACCAUGCUGGGCAUGAUCAAGAACUCCCUGCUGAGCACGGUGGAGACGUGGCCCUACCAGGUGCUGAGCAAGGGGGAGAAGGAGCAGCUCGGCUACGAGGAGCGGGCGUGCGAGGGUGGGCGGUUUGCGGCGGUGGAGGUGGCGGGGAAGCCGUUCGACGAAGCCUCGAAGGAAGGGGUGCUCAAGCUCCUCAAGUACGUCGGAGGAACCAACGACAAGGGGGUUGGAAUGGGCAUGACUGCUCCUGUCUCCAUCACUGCUUUUCCUGCUGAAGAUGGCUCCUUACAGCAGAAAGUGAAGGUCUCCCUGCGGAUCCCGAGCCAGUUUCAAGCCAACCCUCCUUGUCCUAGCGAUGAAAGCAUUAAGAUUGAAGAGAGACAGGGGAUGACCAUUUAUUCCACGCAGUUUGGUGGCUAUGCCAAAGAGACGGAUUACGUGAACUAUGCUGCCAAGCUGAAGGCUGCUCUGGGGAGUGAAGCUGCAUACCGCAAGGAUUUCUACUUCUGCAAUGGUUACGACCCCCCUAUGAAGCCUUAUGGGCGACGCAAUGAGGUCUGGUUUGUGAAAGAGUGAGCAUCUGGCUCCCCAUGGUGCUGGCUUGCACUGAUAACCUCCCCUCGCUAUGUUCCUGUCCUCUUCAAAAUAAACUAAUCAUUUGGCAGAGGCAGAAAACCAUCAUUCCCUUCCUCCACACCUAUGCCUCGGUCUUUUAUGGACCAACCACUUUAGAAGAACACUGCAGACCCCCUCGACGGUCCUGCUCCUUCGUUCCGGACUAGGUCCUCAAGCACACAGACUCUUGUGAUCUCUCCGUGGCUUGCUCUUAUCUAUCUCCCUUGUGCUCCCGGAGUUCAAUGCUGAGACAGCCAAAAGUACUUAAUUAGCAAGACAGGUGCCUGACAGGAGUCACGUCCGAGUGCUGGCAGAGUAUUAGUCUCACCUGAAGCAGGCAGGGGAACACGACAGAAGUGCAUACAGGGACUUUUUUAUCUUCUUGAGCUUGCGGCAGCUGUAAAAUGCUGCUUUUAUCUGUGCCAUACCAGUCUAAAGGGACAUGGGUAUUGCUACCAACACAGCGCAGUGAAAAUAAGCAUCCUUUACAUUGAGUCAUAGCAUGCAGGAGAGCAACGCUUGUCAUCUGCCUGAGAAAUGGCAUUUAGAGGAAGAUCCAGGUUUCUGUUUGCAGCUAUCCUUCUGUUUCAGGUGAGACGUUUUGGGGUGUGUUAUGUCCUGGUUUCAGCUAGCAGCUGGACAAUGUGACGUGGAGACCCCAAGAACAUCUCCUCGCCUUCCUGUUACUUUUGUGUAACAUUUCUUUAAAACUAGCCUACACAAGGGCCAAAGCUGGAAUGUGUGUGGUCAUCUAAUUGAAUUAGAAAAAUACAGGCUGUGAAAAAAGCAGGUGCCUAUUACUUGUGAUCUGAAUGUGCAUCUGAAGAGCGGUGAGCACCUAGUGGAACUACUGUAGACGCAGAUCUUUAAAAAAACCUCUCUUCUUAAAUGGUGUUAGUUUCUGAAGGUCUGCUCAGAGCAGCUGUCAUCUUUAAAGGAGGAGGAAAACCUGGCUGUUCUUGAGAAAGAGAUUUACGUCAAAUAAUGAGUGGCCUUUUGGAAACUUCAGAUACAAUAGUAAGGGUGGGUCUUGUUUUAGGAAGACUGGUGAUGUUUAACUGUUAGGUAUCAAAUCAGCAUUUUAGCUGUUGGCUCUGCCAGGGAGGCAGCAGGACGCCCACAGUGGGAACAUGCUCACACACCAUGCUACUGUGGGUGCCUGUAUAAUUCGUUACCUCCACUAAAAGAGGUGUGCUCCUCUAAUGCUUCAGUGCCCCAAAGUUCAGGUACUUUCCAAAAGCCAUUUUCGCCCUGGAGCUGAAAGAGAGAUUUGUCAGGUGGCAUCCCAUGUUCUGGCCAGUCGAGCUGUUUGACAUGCACCUGCUUUCUGAGAACAAAUCUCGGCAGUAAAAGGAGAAAACCUGAGGUUCUGACGUGCUUUCCUUUUCUUUCUUGCUGAACCAUAUAAGAGCUUUGCUGUGAACACCAUGAGAGAGUUACAGUCACCUGUGUGCAAGAGCAGCUAGUCAGGAUGGGUAAAAAGAGCAGGUAUCAUUUAAUUUUCAAAAAAACCAAGGCAAAAGCUAUUGGCUGCAGUUAGUGAUUGCAGUGCAGGGGAGGAGGAAUCAAAAGGGAAAUCAAGGCAGACAGAGUUAGGCUUUUGAAGGAGUUUUUUAAGGAGCAAAGGCCCUUCUAAGGCUGUCCCUGAAUCCAAAGGGACCUAUUCAUGUCCCAGAUUACUUUUACCUGUGGGGGUGUGGAAUGGAGGGGCACAGUGCUGCCUGGUUUAUGCAUUCCCAGGUCCAUUUUGGAACUUGUGUGUAGACCGUGGAUACAGUCCUUUCUGCCUGCUGGUGGUGAAUGUCCUGCAAUGAUCAAAAUCCUGAAAUUUCUCAAAAUUUCUGCUGUGAAAUCUCAGAUGUUAGGAAGACCAAUAAUAAACCUGGUAUGAACAGAGCCGCACAUCUCAGCAGCAUGGUUGGGUUUUUUUUCAUAACGUGCAUACAGUCUGAACAGAGAGCAGGAGCUUCUGACCCAACAGCGAGAGUAAUCAUGUCUGUAUGCUCUGCCUGUGCAGCCCUGUUACUGGCCUUUUGCGUGCAGUAGGCAGGGUACAGUUUCAUAAACGGUGUUAAUUGAUAUCAAAAGCUUAUGCGAACCGAAUUGCCUUUUCUGUACACGCAAAGAUGCCUGUUGUUCUGUCUGCAUUUUCUAAGGGUUUUAAAUAAAUAAAAAAAUAAUAAUAUUGUGAUUUACAA